AUAAACCCGAGAGAACUUUUUCCUUCCACUAUGUGCUGAGAGAAGCACAGGCAAUAUGGACUAUAUUCAGGGAGGAUGUGGCAAGUCAAAGCUAGAAGAAAGAAAAAGUGAACAAAAUAUUUACACCGGAUAGAAAGAGAUACGAGGCAGGAGAUAGUGAGAAUGUUUUAAAGCAGUGCGAGCAGUUUAGGGAAGGUUAUUAGUAACCAGUAGAGAAAGAGAGUAAAUUUGUGAAGAAGGUUAGAACAGAAAUAUAAGAUAAAGUGACAGCAGGGGAUGUGCAGGAGGAGUUCAUAGGAGAAGCAGAGCCUGGAACUGGAGAUAAAGAAACCAAACUAGUUAGUUGGACAAGAGAGCAUAUGGGUAAGAUGUAUAAAAGCCGCACAUAGAAUGGUGGUUAGUGAAGACAAACUACGUCAGAUAAAGAAAAUCCGGAACAGAUAAACUGCAAAGGAUAAUGAGAAUUAACUAGAGAUACUAUUGGUAUUGUGCAAUUGAAGAAUCAAUAUGAGCAGCACCUUGUGGAUGUACAACUAUUAAGACAUUCAACUUCUGGAGCAAACACUUGGGAAUUAUUUACAGUUUUCUGCUCCGAGAUAUGAAUGUGAGAAUUAAAUGAUCAACCCUUAGCCGAGGUACCAAGUGACAAAUAAGGAUUUGGAAACGCAUCUGUAAGCCUGCCACCAUAUAGAACUAUGUCCCCAUGUCCUCCAAGAGUAAAGAACGGUAACACAUUCUUUCCAAACUUAAUGGGGGAUCAAAGUGUCCAAGGUGACAUGGAUCUUGCUUGGCAGGAGAUCCUCUCCAUUACAGACCUACAGGGCUUGGAUGUGCAGACUGAUCCAGUGUAUGAUACCAGUGGGUAUGGCCCUCAAACUCACAACAUCUCAUUUUCUGGAUAUGGGGUUUGCCAUCUCCCAGAUGGAAUAGUAACUAGCCUAAGCCACACUCAGAAUUAUGAUCGUCCUUACAUGGAUACAGUAACAAUGGAACAGCAACAUUUGCCAUCUUUGCCUCUGGCCCCAACAUUUGGCCCUACCGCUUAUACCGGCAUGCUAAUUUCCUCAAGCCUUACUCAAGUAGAUGCAAAUGCACAUUACCCGCCAAAGAAUGUACCUGUGGGUGGGCUGUUCAAUACGCCAGCAAUGGGCAUGGCAAUGACAUAUGUUCAGAGUUUGAAUCAGGUUUGUAAGGGCCAAGAUGACAUUGAAUCAGAUUCAGGCUUGUCACUAAACUUCAGUGAUGGGGAAUCCACAGAAUUAGACCACAUGGAACCACAAAGACUACAGUCAGAAUAUUUGGAUAUGAUUCCUCCGUUGGCUUAUCAAGACCAGUAUGGAUUAAUGCCAACAGUCUCACAGCCUUUUAUAAAUCACAUCUCAGAAACGUGCUCAUAUGAUACAUCUCAAACUCAAGAACUGGUAUGCAGUCGAGAUGAAAGAAGAGCAGCAGCUAUGAAUAUUCCAUUUCCCACCGAAAGGAUUGUUAAUUUGCCUGUAGAGGACUUCAAUGAACUUCUUUCUCGUUUCACUUUGACAGAGCCACAGUUGGCACUAGUUAAAGACAUACGCAGACGGGGGAAAAAUAAAGUCGCUGCUCAAAAUUGUCGUAAGCGAAAGAUGGAAACCAUAGCCAUUCUGGAGAAAGAGAUAUGGCAGCUGAGGACAGAACGUGAAGGACUGCGACGGGAACGAGAGGAGGUAGGAAGGAUAAUGGGUGAUCUGAAAAAGAAUCUGGAGCUUCUUGAGCAACAGGUGGUUAGUGUUUUACAAGAUCAGGAAGACCAUCUUUGUCCAGUUGACGACUUCCUACUCAAGCAGGCGUAUGAGAGUAAUCUAUUCCCUGCCCCUUUAUCAAAGGAGACCAGAGCCUAAUAGACUCUUUCACUGGUCAGUUGUUGCUACAGCAGUGAGACCAGCUGGCUUGGAAAACAAAAGCCAAGUAGCAACAAGACAUUACACAGCAUGUUAUUUAUUGAAGCAAUAAUAUCAGCAAAAAAUGGCUGCAAUAACAACAUAUUACAUAUGCAAAGUGGAUGCCAAAUCUAUCUACUGCACGGACAGUAACUUAACAAAUACUGCAAAAAAAACUGUGUAUGCUACAAAACAUGAUAUUGAAUCUCCAUAUAGUGAACACAAUUAAUCUAUAUAUUGUGCAUGCUAAAUUGCUAGCAGAUGUAUAAAACACUUUACUUUUGGAUUCUAUGUUAUUGGCAUAGAUUUAAAAACUUAAAAAAAGCCUAUGCAAUGCUUUGGCUGGUGUGUGAACACAUCUUGCCUCCUCCAAAUUUGUAAGUCCGGGCAUCGUAACUCUCUGGAAAUUACACCACCAAAUUUCAAAUAAAACACUGAAAAUCAUAACUUUUUUUUUUCUUCAUGCGAUGCUUCAUUUUCAUUUUCAUUAUAAUCCAGUCCAAGCAAAGCCAGGGUGCACAAUGCAAAAAGAAACCGUUCUUUCAUUUCUAAUCCUCCAUUAACUAUGUUCAAUGGCAGAAAGGGGCAACA